UUCAAAAUAUUUUGCUAUUUGGGAGGCGCUUUUGAACUUGACAGCUGAUUAAUUUUUGUAAACAAACAUUAUCACCUGUGCCGUGCUACAAUUUUCGUAAAGUAUACCGCAAAACGUUAUCGAAAAAAAUGCUGACGUAAACAUAAGAAUCAGUAUCGAAAGUUACGUUCAACACUGUAAUAUGACUGCCAUACUUGGUGCCGGUAUUAGUGGACUAGCGGCCGGUCACUAUUUACUCAGGAAAACACCGGCACUACCUCUUACAAUAUACGAAGCAACGGAUCGUAUCGGUGGUUGGAUCCGGUCAGAUCGUUUCCUGGAUAAUGGCUUUGUGUUCGAGGCAGGUCCACGAACAAUUCGACCUAAAGGCCCAGCAGCAAACAACACGCUCCAGCUGAUAGAGGAGCUCGGAUUAGCGGAUGAGGUAUAUUCCAUCAGCUCCAAUCAUACUGCCGCUCGGAAUCGAAUGAUUUACGCCAAAGGAAAGCUUAACCUGCUUCCCAACUCACUAGGUGGAUUGUUGAAAACGGUACCACCAUUCACGAAACCGCUGUAUUUUGCAGCCUUCCGCGAUCUUGUAGCGGGACGAUCGAAAACAGUGCUGAACGAUGAAUCCAUGUACUCGUUCGUAGAACGAAGGUUCGGCAAGGAAAUUGCCGAUUAUGCAGUCAGUGCAAUGCUAUGCGGUAUUUGUGCCGGCAAUGCGAAAGAGAUCAGCGUCAAGUUUCUAAUGAAAGACAUUUUCGAGCGCGAACAGCGCCAUGGUGGUGUCAUACUAGGUUUGCUGAAGGAGGCUCUACAAAAUCGAAAAAAGAAACAACCUAAAACCGUCCCUAAAGAUCCUACCUCGGUAGGAAGUUUGGCGGAGCGUGCAAAAGCAGAAAAUUGGAGCAUUUACUCUAUACGUGGCGGUCUGCAAACUCUGCCGGAAACAUUGGCCGACGAUUUGCGUGCGAAAGGGGUCUCCAUUGUAAAGGGUACGAAAUUCGAGGAGUUGAUAUUCGACCGUGGUCACGUUGUGUUGCGUGUCGAUGGUAAAGAGCAAAAACUGCAGCAUCUGGUCAGCAGUAUUCCAAGCUACAAGCUAGCAAAGCACGUGCAAAAGCAACACCCGCAGCUAGCCUCCACCUUGAGUAGCAUCCCGUUCGUGGACGUAUGUGUGAUCAAUCUGCAAUAUCGAAAGGCUGAUUUGUUGAAGCACGAUGGGUUUGGAUUUUUGGUACCCCCGAUCGAGAAUUUGCCCAUACUGGGUGUGAUUUUCGAUAGCUGCUGUUUCGACAUGGAUGAUAACACGAUUCUCACUGUGAUGAUGGGAGGGGCCUGGUUCGAGAAGUGGUUCGGCAAGAACCCUUCCAACGAGCACUUGCUCGAAGUUGCCCUAGAAAACAUCAAGAAGAUCCUUCACAUUGACCAACGCCCGGACAGCUACAAGGUAAAUCUGCUGCGCAAAUGCAUUCCCCAGUACACCGUUGGCCAUCAGGAUCGAGUGAAGGCGAUACGGGACUACAUCGAACAGCAUCAACUGCCGAUUGUGCUGUGUGGCGCCUCGUACGAUGGUGUUGGAGUGAAUGAUGUCAUACUAUCGGCUCGCACUAAUGUGGAUAAAAUGCAACUCUGAGGAAAUAUGGUUUCGGGAACACACUGUCUGUUGAAACGUUAAACUUGACAAAAUAAAGAUUUUUUAAAGUA